CACGCAUAAAACAUACCGAUCUCCACAUCCAGUGGAUAUGAACAUAUGCAAGCCUAACUAACCCGUUGAUGUUUCUAAGCUGGCUCUUUCUCUAUCGUUUAUGAUCUUAGACAAUACACCAAUUUGAGACUGAAAAGAGAUACUCUCUCAUUGAUGGAAUGUGAACCAUGAAUGUGUCACUACUUGCCAGGGAUCCUGUUGGUGAAAGAGGUGCUGUUGAAUGAACCCCUAAAAAAUGGCUACCCCUCAAGAGAAGGCGCAAUGUGUCUCAUGGUUUAUUGAAACAAAAUCGGAUAGGCAGACUCAGCGAAACUACAGAACUAAGUAUGGAAAAGAUCCACAAUCACAUCCGUCAAUUCGUGCAUGGCACAAGAAAUUUAUGGAGACAGGGACAGUGUUAGAUAAAGGGACGAGUGGGCGACCAAGAACAUCUAAUGAAAACAUUGAUCGUGUAAGACAAUCCUUUUCUCAUUCUCCCAUAAAGUCCAUCCAUACUGCUGCCACACAGUUAGAGCUACCGCGUUCAACAGUGCACAAGAUCCUACACAAGAACUUGCGAUUGUACGCUUACAAAGUGCAACUCUUACAGGCACUCGAGCCAAAUGAUAAACCAAGACGAAAAGGGUUUGCAGUUAACAUGCUGGAACGAAUUUCUGAGGAUGAAACAUUCCUCAGACAAGUUUGUUUUAGUGAUGAGGAAACCUUUCAUGUUUCAGGGAAACUGAAUAAGCACAAUGUGAGAAUCUGGGGAUCAGAACACCCCCAUGUGACUAGAGAAAUUGAGCGUAAAAGCCCAAAGGUAAAUGUGUGGUGUGGGAUCAUGUGCAAUCGAAUAAUUGGUCCAUUUUUCUUCAAUGAGACAUCAAUUACUGCAAACGUUUACCUUGACCUUUUAUCUGAAUAUGUGGCACCAUAACUGAAUAACCUUCAACCAACCAUCAUUUUCCAGCAAGAUGGAGCACCACCACAUUGGGGACUGCAUGUUCGUGGGUUCCUCAAUCAAACAUUUCCAGACUGGUGGAUUGGAAGGGAUGGUCCAAUUCCUUGGCCGCCACGUUCACCAGAUAUCACUCCCCUGGACUUCUUUCUAUGGGGCUAUGUUAAAUAUUUCGUGUAUCGAACAAAGAUACGGGACAUUACUGACCUAAAGCAAAAGAUUACUGAUGCCAUUGCCACAAUUGAUGAGGCUAUGUUACAGCAAACAUAGCAAGAAAUCGAGUACCGUCUUGAUGUGCUUCAUGCAACUAAUGGUGCCCAUGUAGAAGUGUAUUAAAUGAGGUAAAAAAAAAACUUUAAUAAACACUGAAUACAAUAGAACAAAUCUGAAUA